UGCGCACAAUAACGCGGCAUUCUGAAUGAAAAAAGGUGAAUUUCCACUUCGUCGCUUCAAAACCUUGCGGUUUACGAGAUAGUAAUCAAAUUGUAUCCUCAUCUUCGGACGGUAUAACAGUAUUAUCGUGGGAAGGUUUUCGUGAGUAUCUUGGUUCUAUUCACCAAAUAUAGAAAAAUGUGAAAAAGUGUAAAUUUAUGUCGAAUUUAGCGUGAAACGUUUAUUUAACAAUUCAUAUAUUAUAAUCAUAAUCAAUACCACAUCGAAAAAAAACUAAGCAAGCUAGAAAAAUUAAUGUGCAGUGGCUGCUGUCAAAUAACGUGUGGAUGUAGCGAAGUGAAAAAACCUGUGUCAAGAAAAAUAGAAAGUGAAAAUUGGUCAACAUUAGUAAAAUGUAAGAAUAUUUUGCAGUCCAUGAGGAAAAAUCACCCGCUAACUGAACAUUACUGAUGAUGGAUUGAUAGCUUCAGGAUAUGCAAUACCAUAAGGAUGAUAAAAAAUCGCAAAAAUUCAAUGAAGAAACAUCACUGAAAAUCAGUGACGUCGAUCAGUGUAACGUGAGAAAUGAAGUCCAAUACAAAACUAUCCUAACUAAUUCUACUCAACGUGGUGAACCAUGUCAAAUGGAACUGGAUCGCUUGGAAGUGGUCGAGGAUUCAACUUUAAUGAGCAGCCGUAUUCACGACAAUUUUUCACAGAAGGUCAAGAUGGAAAAACGUAUAAUAACAACAGUAGCAGUGAUGAUGAGUUCGACGAAGACAAUCUAGUACAUUUAUUGUCGCAAAGUCAAAAAGCAGCAUCAGCAACAAGAUCACACCAUUCCAACGAUUUUGACGAUGGAAUAAUCGAGAGCGAAAAUUCUUCUCGUUUACAACAAUCACCAGGCCACCAUGUGAAUAAUCUCAUGCUGCUUUCUACGGAAACAACUAACAGCAAAGGACUUCUUCAAAAGGAAGACUGUAGACAUGGUGAAUCAGGAUAUAUGAAUAGUAGGAACAUGUUAACAACACGAAAUUCCUUAACCAAAGGAUCCCGAUCUCAUAGAAAUGGAAAUAAUACAAUAAACAGGCGGUUGAUGCUCACGGGCCAGUCAAUGCUAAAUUCUUCGAGCAGCACAAUAUCUUCCGUUAGUAACAAUAUUGAACGAGACCGAGAUAGCAAAGACUUUUCCUCACGAAAAAUGACCGAUGAGCCAAGAUAUUAUGUUAUGGAAUCAGAUAUCCGUGAUAUCCAUCUUCCGGAUUCGGCACCUCCUGAAGUGCCUCCACGUGCGCAUUCACUUUAUAGUGCUUCCAGUAAAAACAGCAUGUCAAUUAAGAAAAAAUCCGAUUACGUCUUAAAAAUAGAUAAGAACGGUGAUCAAACGCAUGAAGAAUACAUUCCACCCGGCCAACAUGAAUACCUGCGAAGUGGUAGCCCCAAAUCAACUGGAGUGUACCCGUCAAGGUCGUCUACUUUCAACGAUACCCAUCAGAGUAACAGAUUACAACCAACCUUACAAUCAAACCAACAACAGAUGCCACAGAGUGUGUCAAAUACCAAUACAACUUCGGGGUCACGAUUAGGUGGAUCCUCGCCUCUAGUUAUGCCAGUAUUCCCCCUCAGAGCAUCGCAUUCUGGACAUGCAUCUCAUUACUCGCCAUACUCUCCUUCAAGGUUUCACAUAGAUAAAAGAUGCCAACAUCAAUGCUCUUGGAAGUGUUUUAGUAUUGCAUUAAUAUUGCUAUCAGUGAUACUAACAGGAAUGCUGGCGUAUUUUGCAGCAACGAGUUCUAUGAAGACGAAUAUGGAUUCAACCAAUUGUAUAUUAGUGCAAGAUGUAAAAUCUAGUGCACAGGAUCAGAGCACUUUAGAUACAGCGAGUGCAACGAGCAAUUUUGGAACAGCAGCAGGAACUGUAGGCAGUAAUGGUGGUUCGACAAUGCUGCCAACAGAAGAAUCACUGUUAACAAGCACAGCCGAUCAUAACAGUUUUACUACAUCUAACCAUUAUGGCAAUAUGCAAAGCAGUUUAUCACAAUUCAAUUAUCAGGAUCAACUACAGCAACAGCAGGCGCAAGAUCAUCUCUUGUCUUCAGCAGUCUCUCAAAAAUGGCCGGCAAUAGUGGAGUUGAAAAAUUAUAAUGAACUAUACCGUGCGACUAUUCCACCUUUCCAGUUUUGGAACGCAGAAUUUCGUAACAAACAUCCUGCAUUCAUUCAAUUUAAUUUCACUUUACCGUGGGGUGCCAACUUUGCUGUGUACGGUCGACGAAAUGUAGGACCUAGCAUAACGCAAUAUGAUUUUGUAGAAUUUAUAAAAGGUGGAAGGAUAGAUCAUCGAUUGCGGCGAAAAAGAAAUAUAAUCAAUGACAGAGCUUCUGUAAAACAUUUGAAUGAUAUGAGUAAUUUCGAGGAAAAUUACCAUGACCACCAAUCGCUGUUUGAAAUACGACGAAGCAAUGAAUUUGCGUUUUCAGAUCUUAAGCUUGAUGACGUGGAUCAACACAUUAUAUCGAAACGAUCAGCGGAUAGCGGAAUGCCAAAAUUAGACAUGGACUCGAUGACCGUUAACGUCACGAUAUUACAGUAUUUAGACGUAGGACGAUGGUUCUUAUCGGUAUACAAUGACGAGUUGCUACCGCAUACUCUUUCUUUGAUCAUUGGUGAAGCUGAAGGUAUUCGUACUACGUGCCCUAAUGACUGCUCAGGACGAGGGUCUUGCUAUUUGGGCAAAUGUGAUUGCAUCGAUGGAUAUCAAGGAUCUGACUGUUCAAUAAGCGUGUGUCCUGUGUUAUGUUCAUCUCACGGCCACUAUGGUGGAGGAGUAUGUCAUUGCGAGGAAGGAUGGAAAGGGUCCGAAUGCGAUAUUCCGGUAGCCGAGUGCGAAUUACCAAGCUGUUCUAACCAUGGACGUUGUAUUGAAGGCGAUUGUCACUGCGAAAGAGGUUGGAAAGGAUUGUACUGUGAGCAACCCGACUGUAUGGAUCCAUCGUGUUCUGGUCAUGGUACAUGUGUUUCUGGUCAAUGUUACUGCAAGGCUGGUUGGCAAGGUGACGACUGCAGUAUAGUUGACCAACAGGUGUAUCAAUGUCUGCCUACGUGUUCUGACCACGGUACUUAUGAUCUAGAGACCGGGUCGUGUGUAUGUGACCGUCAUUGGACUGGGGUGGAUUGUUCUCAAGCUGUCUGCAGCCUCGAUUGUGGUUCUAAUGGAAUAUGCGAAUCAGGGCGUUGCCGUUGCAAGCAAGGAUGGACUGGUAGCUUGUGUGAUCAAUUGACUUGUGACCCAAGAUGUGCCGAACAUGGUCAGUGUAAAAACGGAACUUGUGUAUGUUCGCAAGGAUGGAAUGGGCGACAUUGCACGCUACCUGGCUGUGAAAAUGGAUGCUCUCGUCAUGGACAAUGCGCGUUGGAAGAUGGCGAAUAUCGUUGUGUCUGUAUCGACGGUUGGGCUGGAAAUGACUGCUCUAUCGCAUUGGAGAUGAGCUGCAAAGAUAACAUCGAUAACGAUAAUGAUGGCAUGACUGACUGUUCUGACAGCGAAUGUUGCACACAUCAAAUAUGUGCUGAACACAUAAUGUGUUUGGCAUCGAACGACCCUGUAGAAGUGCUGCUUCGGAAGCAACCUCCAUCCGUUACUGCUUCGUUUUACCAAAGAGUGAAGUUUCUCAUCGAAGAAAAUUCGGUCCAAUCAUAUGCUCACAUGGAUGAAUACAGUGAAAGGUAAGUGCUUCUACAAUCUUUGCGAACACCAGUUCGAAACUGAGUACUAAUCAUGUUUUUUCGAAAUGCAUUUGAAGAAAUUUAUUAUGAUGAUAGGUGUAACUGAA